GGUUGGGCAGUUAUUGGGAUACUGAGCGAGAGACUCCUUUAACCUGCUUUUGGCUUCAUAUCAACAGGCUGUACGCUACGGAUUCCAUUCCACUGGAAACUUGAAAGUUCAUGUUUCUGUAAACAUCUACAAGAAAUGCAAAUAGCAGUUGCUAUUCUUAAUCAUGGAUGAUUUUGUUUGCAACAAAUUAACUGAAUGGAAUCUCAGCGAAUGGAUACAAACAUUUAAAGAUCACAAAGUUGACAAGGAAAGUCUUUACUGUCUGGAAGAUCAUCACAUUGCUGCCUUGAUCCCAAUGGUGGGACCACAGUCAAAAUUCAAAAAGAGACUCAAGUUGUUAAAGGAGAAACAAAACACAACAGAUCCGGAAACAUCUGAAUCUUCUGUUGAAGUUCGUCCGUCCACCAGCAAAACAAAUGAUAAAGGAAAGAGGAAGUUGGAUCUCCAGGGUGAGUCCAGCCAAUCACCAGCCAGAAAACGACCACGUGAGGAUAUACAAGGAACAAAAACAGAAGAAGAGAUUCUGUCUGAUGUGAAAUAUAUCAUGAGAUAUGUCCAUCAGAAACUACCUCACCAAGACGACAAGCUCAACAAGUUCCUGAAAAAUAGCAUCAAACAUUUGGAGACAGACAAAAGGGAGGUGGUCGGCGUCUUUGGUAAAACGGGGGCUGGAAAGAGCUCUUUGAUAAAUGCCGUCAUUGGAGAGCAGGAUCUCUUGCCCUCUGGAAGCAUCAGUGCAUGUACCUCAGUGAUGAUUAAAGUGGAGGCUAACAUGCGUAACCCAAAGUAUGAGGCAGAAAUCGAGUUCAUUACAAAAGAGGAGUGGAAAGAGGAGUUGUGGACCUUGUUUAAUUUCCUUGGUGAUAACGAAGAUCAGGAAAAAGAUGAAGAUUAUCAAGACAGUGUUGAAAAGCUGUCAGUGCUGUAUGGAGAAGAAUGGAGAAACAAAUCUCCUGAAAACUUCAUGGAUAAAAAAUACUUCAGAGAAAUUCCUGAAUUUCUCCUUUCCAAGAGUAAGAUUUUGACAAGUGAUACAGCUAAAGAAUUAUCUGCUAAAUUUGUCAAAUACACACGAAGUGAGUCAAAAGAGGAAGAUGCUAAAGACGUGAAGAGGUUGUAUUGGCCACUGGUGAAGUGUGUGACUGUCAGGGUGCCGAAGAAUCGUCUUCUCCAGCACGUCACACUUGUGGAUCUUCCUGGAAACGGGGACCGUAACAAGAGCAGAGACAGGAUGUGGAAAAAGGUUGUUGGAAGUUGUUCUACUGUGUGGAUUGUGACUGAGAUAAAUCGAGCAGCUUCAGAAAAAGAAUCCUGGGAGAUCCUGGAAGAAUCCUGCAGCCUCAUGGGAAAUGGUGGCGAGUGUCAGCAGAUUCAUUUUAUCUGCACCAAGUCUGAUAGUCUUGGACGUUCAGGCAAUCAGUCAGCAGCUGGUGUUCGUGCUCAAAUACUAAAACAAAACGAGCAAGCCAAGAAAAAAGUGAGGGCAGAAUUCAGCAAACUAAAAGAUGUUAAGAAACAAUUCAGUGAGGAAUGUUUCAAGGUUUUCACAGUGAGCUCCAAAGAGUUCAUGAGAAAAAAACGUCUGGAUCCAGAUGACACAGAAAUUCCCAGACUGCAGGAAUUCCUGCAAGAUCUCAAUAACAGUCACUCUGAGACAUUAAACUAUGUGUCUGGAGCUCGCGGGAUUCUCUCUCUGAUUCAGGGAGCCAGCAGCAGAGGAGCGGCUGACAUAAAGAUGGCUGUGUUCAUAGAACUUGAAGAAAACCUGAGUCUUGAACUUGAUAAAGUCAGGGAACCCAUGAAAGAGACCGUUAUGGCUUUUAAAAAAUGCCUCAGUGGGGGGGUUGAAAAAUCAAAAAGUUCAUGUGAAAAAGUCUUAAAGUCGGUCCUUUAUCCUACAAAGAAAGGUGGUGCAUUUCACAUGAUAUUGAAGUGUCUUGUUCAGAAUGGUGGCAUCCACAAAACAAAAAAAGGGAAAUUAAUAAACAUCAAUAUGAAGUUAACUUCAUGUUUGACCGACAGCAUUGACGAGGAAUUUAAGAAGACCUUCCCAAAUGAAGGAAACAGUGGACCAUUCAACGGGGUCAUCAAUGCAUUUUCACUUGGCACAGAGAAGCUGAUGAAAAAGGAGUGCGAAAAUGUCAAACUGCAGCUGACAUUUCUCAAGACAGAGGAAGAAAAAAUGAAAACAAAUCUCAACAAACUCAUCCGUGAGCGUAAGAAAACGAUCUACAGCAGCCUGACAACAACAAUCGAGGAGAAAAUGAAACCAUGCUAUGACAGAGCAAAAGAAAUCAGAGGAGAAGGCACGCUGAAAAAUAUGAGGGAAACUAUUGAAAUGCACGUGCAUGGUUCAAAGAACGACAUGUUUGCUCAGGCUAAAGAUGCCAUGAUGAAACAGCUGAGAGACUUGAUGUUGGAGAUCCUGGAGAAACAGUGUAACAUGAUGCAGAAAUCAAUCGAGCUGUCACUCAAGACAGAUGGUGUCUCCAUCCCAGAUGUAAGUGUGGAGCUUGAGAUGGUAAAGAAAUACUACAAUGAACUGACCGGAAGCCCAGAUGAUGAUGCAAUUCUUUGUAGUGAUUCACCCGGUCAAGCAGCUGCACUGCGUCCAUGAUGUGCAAUGGGUUGAUCAGUGGAGAGUAACAGCAGACGCCUGUUAACCUACCGAGGAUAAAAGACAUGAGGCCUCUGGAUUGGGUCUCAAUCAUUUUUUUAAAGUUCUUAUCUCUGUUGACUUUGAGUGUUUUCUAGUGUUAGCAUAAUGUGCUGCCCUAAUUCAUGUCAUUUAAAAAUCCUAUUUUAAAAAAGCAGUUUGACGAUAAUCUUAUGUUGUUCAGUCUAUUAAGAUAUAUCUCCAUGUCAAUAGCGACCCCCACAUCCACCCCACCCCUGCUUCCGUGUGCAACAGCAUUUUAGUUGUCUGCCAGAAGCUUUCAUAAAUAUGUACUUUUUAAUCCAGUUUUCAGCACACUUUUACUAAACACUUUAAAUCUUGGUCUUUUUUAACGAACAAGCUUUUACCCGAGAUCAGGCAACAGGACUUCUUGGCAGAUUUAUGUCCGAUUCUAGGACGACAAUCAGAGGUUAACACCUUGGUUUGUACCAAUGUUUGGCGAUGUAAGAGGACUUACAGAUAAACUAUGACACUUUAAACUUCCAGAACUGUUUGCUUAGGAGCUAAGGUAACUUUGCAUUAGCUUGUAGCCUCUCUGGCUUGUAUCCAUCAAGGAAACACUGACUUUAAAGUUAAACUGCUUUAUUCAGUGCUGAACCAGCUUUACUCUCUGGGUCAGUUUGUUUUGGAGAGGAGGAGAGACCCCUGGGAACAUGUUGACCAUAAUGACAAACUAUGAGUUGCUAUGCUGUCUUUGAUUUCUUUUGAAUGAGAUCCCCCAGUGAAAAAGUCCUCACUAUGCCCAUGUAUCGGAGAAUAGAUAUUGGAUCUCAGCCACUACUGUGAUGUCACAGAGACGUUUUGCUUUUAAUUAUUUAACAGUUGUAUUUUUAAUAUAUGUAUUUUCCGGUUUUGAAUCUGUUUUUAUUAUGUUUAGAAUUGUUUGAUAAGUUUAGGCUGAAAUUUCAAUGAAUUAAUUAAAUCCUCAACAUUGAUCACAGCACUACUGGAGGGUGAUUUGGAUGUAGACUAGGCUUCUCAAAGAAUGAUUUUGAUCUGUUUUCUCUUAUUUGAAAGCACAAAACUCACUGCAAAUUAAUGGUAUUUGGUGUUUUUCAUUCAUAUUAGGAGAAAUAGAGAAAUCUAGAUGAUGGCUUAUCUGGUUCCUCGUUAUUUACUCUUUUUUUCCACACAAACUUCUUAUUGCAUACAUGUAUUUGAUGUCGUGUACACUCCAAUAAACACAUACAUUUCA